AUGGGCAAGCUAAAAGGAUCCCUGUGUGUACAGCUGCUGAUUUGGUGGCUAGCCAACUUAGUAAAUGGGUUCACACACAUAUGUGAUUUCAACGAUGAUUUCAGCUUAGAGUUCGGGGAUACACAAGUAAAAGGUAAAGAAAAAGUAUGCACACUGAAGCCGGGACUUCUGGACAAGGUAGUAAUAAGAUGUGGAAGUGAUAAUUUAAAUUAUAAGUUAUAUCCACCCAAAUGCUUUGAACAAGUAUAUACAUCUAAAACGAUGGAGAAUCCAGAGACGCUAACCAAAUGGGCAUAUGGUGUAUCUGAAAAGAAGGACAGACCAGAAGAGAUAACCAAAUGGGUAUAUGGUGUAUCUACCGUGAUGAAAAGGAAAUAUCAUGAAGAUAACUCAGAUCCCAAAAAAAAAAAUUUUGAUGAUGUUUCCUUUAGAGUACCACCAAAUACUGAAAAUGAUGAAAAGGCAGUAUACUGCUUCUGUGAAAAUAAAAUAAAAAUUAAAGUUCAGAAAACAAAUGAAGAAAUAUAUGAAAAAGAAAUUUUCAAUAUAGGUAUUGCUGAAAUAAUUUUACCAAAUCACUCACGGAAAAUUGAUGGUUGUGAUUUUACUCAAAACAAUUCCCCUAUAUUUACAAAAGGCUAUGAUACAGAUUUUUAUAAUAAAAAAAAUAAUGAAAAUAAGAAUGAUGUUAUUUGCAAAAUACGUGUUAGGGAAAAUCAAUUUAUUGGUUUUAAAUGUCCUAAGGAUUAUAACAUCGAACCAGAAGAAUGUUUUCUUAAAGGUUUUAACUUGGAAGGACAAGUUGAAAAUUUUCAACAUACUCUUCAACUUGGAGAAUUAAUAAUGGAUCAUUAUAACAAAAUAUUUUACGCUCGUGUUCCUGAGAGAAUAUAUCAAAACACGCAACUAUUUUGUUCAUGUAUAAAAGAUGAUCAGAGACUUACAGCACAUUUUGAAUUUACCAGGAAGAUAGAUAACUCACAACUUUCGCACGACACACCAGACACAAAUGUUUUGCAGAGCCGAAAUGGAAGCUCUUCCCCGGGCAUUGCAACCACUUUCCUUAUCUUCCUCUUCUCCAGCAUCAUCUAUCUUUCAAUGUAG